GUGUGCCUUGCCUCGAAUGCCAGUCCAUGUCCCCUCGCAUCGAACGAGUCGUCUCAGCCGCACGGUCAGGGAUAGUGCCACACAAAUUCAUCCACUUCAGCCCUCAGCAGCUACGAGAGCGACUUCGGGAGCGCAUGGAUGCAUUGAAUGCAUGGAAGUUGAAGUUUCUCAAUCUUAGCCGCUCUAUGGCUGCCGCAGCUCAGAAAGCCGUCGACUUUAAGCGCUUCACCAUGGCUUUUGCAGAAAUGGACGCAUCUAAAGUCGGUAUCCUGGUUCAAACGGCUCUGCGCCACGGUGCGAGCAUUACUGCUAUCAUAACGCAGAUGGAGCAAGCGAUCAAGGGUGUAUACAAUCCUCGCUUCGUCUCGGAACGCACUCUCGAUAUCUCGACGUUGAUCUUCCGCAUCGGCGGUCGCCCUCUUCUGUACGCAAUGAACCACGCACUCGGCCUUCCAUCUCUUCGAACUCUCCAACACCACCUUUCCUUCAUACGGAUCAUGCCCACCGUCGGAGACAUUACACGGCAGACGAUAGAUCACAAUAUUCGAGAGGUCCUUUUGAAGCCUUUGACGAGCCUCGCCAGAUCCGUUCACCGCCGUGGUGCUUCUCUCCUCAUCGACGAAGUCGCUCUCGAGGAGGCCGCCUGUCAUUUCCAUGAUGUCAACAUGGUAGGCGGCCUCUGUUGGAAGCAUUCCCGCCUCUUCGACCUCGUUCUACGAUCGUAUCACUCGGCGGUCGAAUUAGCAAAGCACCUGGCAGCAGGAGAUCUUCACCUCGGCAAGGAGAUGACGGUCGCUUCCAUUUCCUUUUUCGGUACCGGUGAUUCACGAACGUACCCUAUCCUUGCUGCACCAACCUGCAAGCAGGAGGACUCGUCGGAUAUGUCCCGUAUCUUCGAGAUGCUCAUUGGAGGCUAUAAUAAGGUCGCAGCUGCCAUCCUUGGGCCACUCUGGUCGGUCGCCACUGACGGGGAUUCGACUCGGCGAAAAGCAGGCUAUCACCUCUUCGUCAAGAAGCGAUUGCCACCAUCAUCACCCAUCUAUCCUACACUGGUGCAGCUUCCAGGCCUCAAUCUUUUCACUGGAGAGGACGACGUGACCCUCGACUUCGAUUGGAAACAUGUCUAUAAACGUAUCUGCACUCUUAUCCGCUCGGUAUCCGGAAUCGUACUCGGCCCUGGACGCAUCAUCAGCCCGUCCUUCCUCCACAAGUACCUGGUGCGCCUCGAAGGUCAAGACGAAGACUCGGUCAACAAGCUUCUGCACCCUUCUGAUCCGCAGGACGUGCCUCGCGCCAUCGAUCUCAUGCAAGCUAUCGUCAAACUUCGUUCACUUCAUCUGGAGGCCAGUAACCCAGAUACAAUCGCUGAUCUCGAUGCUAUACGACUCCUCUCAGAUCUUUGCGAGUCAAUCCUGGAGGCGUACAUCAAUCCUCACCUUUCCCUUACCGAGCAAGUCACGUAUCUUAGCAAGUUCGCCCACCUUUCAUUUGCAUUCUUCCGACUCUAUCGCACACAUUACAUGUCGAACCAGUUAUAUGGAGACUCGCAGUGCAUGGUCAAGAACGCAAUCUUCUGCAUCGCGAAACAGCAAGCACUCGAUCCAACGCAGCUAUUUCACCUCUUCGAGCUCGGAGACGAUCGUCUAGAGAAACUAUUUGGCCGCAUUAGAAUGCUUGGCGCACAUGACUCGGGAAUGCGCUAUAAUCAGGGUGUUGACCGCCUUGGGCAUGCCGUCGAUAUCGAUGCAGCUUUCGCGCGGAAUCCUGACCUCGACAGUGGUCAACGUCGCCUCAAGGUCACAAGAACUGCAGCGCUCGACCACCUGAACAAUGCAUCGUGGGAUGGAGAUGCCGCCGUCAAUAAGGUAUCUCUCCCCGACGCUUGGGCUGCUGGUCGCCGCGCAGCGGUGGUUACUAUUCUCCAGUCAUCAAUGCCACCGGAGUCCGCUGCCUUUGAGGAGAUCUUCAGUAGUGGCGAAGUCGAUAUGCUCUGUCCAUUCGAAGCCGGGAAGUACCCGGGCGUAGACGAUACGGAACCAGACAGAUCGAUUCCUUCGGACGAAACACAGCGUUCAGUUCCUACCACGGUUCCCUCCACCGACGCCACGCCCACAACCACCACGAAUGUGACCUCCGAGUCAGCCCCCGCGACCUCGUCAGGCACCUUUGCCGCCGCCUCUACCAGUUCGCCACCUAGUGCCACGGUGAACGCCACCUGCGAGGAUGUAUCGGAAGUGUACGAUCUUGACGAUGAUUCAGACGAUGAGUAUACGAUUCCCUCGUGGCUCUUUGAAGACAUAGAGGAGGCAGAGGCGGAGCGAUCUCUCGAGGAAGGAUUACCUGACAUUGAUGGCCUCUCUACGCUCGAACUAGGACCUGGGAUCACGCCAAACGACUGGCUGCUCUGCAAUGGGAAGCCUGUUCACAAACAGACCAUCUGCCGCCUCGUCAUCAACGCUGACUUCAUUCACAAGUCAAAAAACCGUCCAGAACGCGUCCGGGGAUUCAGCAAACCUACUUGGCAGCCAAAUCUCAACACCUCUGCUGAUCUGAUAGGCUCCGACACUUUCGUCGAAGGAGAUCACUUCGCCACCAUUCUACGCCAUCAGAAGAUUGUCUCCCUUGCCCUCGUACGCUGCACAAAAAUCACGCGAGGACGAACAAAGGAAACCGAGCUUCCGAUCCCCACUGUCACCAACCCAGAGGCUAAUGUCCACCUCGAAGGCCAGAUUCUGACCAUGCGCCGCGUUCAGCUCGCUCCCUCGAUUGACGCCGUCGCCUCUACAGCAGCUACUACUCUUAACGCCACUUCCUUCGAACGUUCAUCAGGAUCAGGGGCAAUGCAGUCACUUCACGCCGAGACUUCGCACGCUCCUCUCAAAUUCGCUGACUCGUCUGACUCCCAGUGGAUAUGGGUGUGGGAUGGUGGAUUCGUGAUGGCUGAUGCGAAGAUGCGGGGCUCUCAGGUCGUCACUGAGAAACCCUGCGUGAUCUCCGUUGCCGGCCAUCUCUGUAUUCCCCAGGUUGAUUGCCGCUCUGUUGUCGCUCGAGAACGCCUUCCUGACGACGCUACUACAAAGAUCAACUCCAUGGGCACGACUUGGGAGUUCGACGAAAGUUAUCUGCUAUCGUUGAGCACAAACCUGUGGGAGAGUCUCGUUGAGGAGGAAGUUCGCGUUGAUGAUCUUCCGGUAUUUCCUUUGCUCACUCGCGGAGGGUUUCCUUAUGCCUUUGCAGGGAAAGCAGCUCUUGUGAAUGAUUCGGCAUCAGAACGUCUGCGCAUGGAGAUGAGCGAGGAUGGCGAUCGCAAGUGUGAUUUCUGCGGCGAGGCUGUCUCUUUCGACAAGGAUCAGUGGAGAGGCCAUAUUGGGUGGCAUAUUCUUCGUGCACUCUGUGGCGCUAUCGAACCACGUCCUUUGACAAACCCAGUCGGAAUGCCAAUGCCGUGCGGCUCCUGUGGUCGCAGCGAUAACGCGCUCUGUCAGGACAUCACGAUCACUAUCAACAAUAAGACGACAAAGGUGGAUUCUAAAUGUCCACUCUUUCGUAGCCCCAAGUCAUAUGCUCUUGCAGCGAAGGGAACAGCCGUGACACGCUGCAGGAACAUACCAAUCCGCUGUCCUCUGUGCGAAGAGACUGAUCCCCGCUUGCGUGGUCGUACUUACCGUGGGUUUUGGAGGUAUAAUAUGGCAGAGCACAUUCACAUUCAUCAUAGGGAAUAUGCCUCUCCGGCGAACCCUAGCAAUCACGGCCGCUUUCCCCUUCCUGCUAGUUUGUGGGAGAACAUGAAAAUCGAACAAAGGGAGUAUGAAAGCUGUGGUAUCGACCAGUCUCUUGUCCCUCCCCCGUUCAAUUUCAUUCAGCACGCUACACCAUUCACCACCAUAGUACCACCCGCGACACCCUCUGGAGGUAAACGUUCACGAGCAUUCACAAAUACUAUGGCAGAUGCUCCUGCACGCAAACUGCCUCGUCAUGCUUAGUACUACUUCUGACUUACUUAUGGUUUGGAUGUGUCGUUGACGGACCACGGUUGUAAAUUCACGGAUACUCUUACAGUGCUCUGUCUAUUUCUGUCACGUUCCUCGGUCGUGUUCUUGUAUGCCUUUGGAUUAGAGCCACAAUGUAC